AUGGCGAUGUUGUCUACGUUGUCGACUUCUCUCCCACUGUCUCCCAAACCACAGCGGGAGAUCGCCCGAAGAGCUCGAUACUCAGUCGUCCCCGUUAAUGGAAACCCAAAACCUACAACGACAACAGAACCAGCAAACCCGGUCACGACGUCCGUUGGAACUACGGAAACUGUCUUUUCCACAAUCACUGUAACUGUGUCCCCUUCCCUUUCGCCCACACCCAGUAUGAGCUUGUCAAGCGAAACACCCUACCUAGCGAUUCCUACCAUCACUGCGUCACCUCUACAACUUGUGUCCCAAUCCCCCACACCCACCGUCAGCUCAUCAAGCGACACACCUUACUAUGCGGCUCCUACCAUCACCACAUUACAUCUGUCAACGUCCUCCGCAUGUUCAUCCCCAAUUUCGACCAACGUUUUUAAUGCGUCCUUGUCUUCAUCCCCACCUCCGCCAUACCCUUACCACAAGCCAGGGCCAACGGCUGGGCUGGCCUUGCACUCAUCGCAAACCGCGGUCCCAAUUUCCUACCCCACGGCAUCGCUAAUGCCAUUGCCGGUACACAUCUCGAAGAACGGAACGUAUCACCAGCCGACUGCAAACCCUAGGUUUCUCAGGUGA